AGGACUGAAGAUGGCAUCAGGCAGUCUUUGAGCGGCAUUUACACAGAGACUGCUGCCAGGCUGUGUCUGAGUGAGUUGGCAGUGGUUUGGAAGUCCUGGCACCAGGUAGGCACGCUCAGUUUACAUAUCCUGGAGGAUGCUCACCCUGCGGGCAUCUUCCAGGAAGGCCCAAGUAGCUACACUUGCCACUUCAACCAUGCCUUCCAACUGCCCUGCUGGCACAUCUCGGCUGUGCUGAAUUCAAACAGGAAGCUCUUGCAGAGGGAGAUGCUCAGUAGACCAUGGGAGAGGGGAUGUGAUGCUCAUCAGGCUGGGUUAGACAGUGUUGAUGGCCUCUUGCAGGUCCUAAAGAGCUCCUGGAACAAGUCUUUGGAUAAAUGCCUGGUGGUGUCCUUCCUUACAGCAGAGAUCAGCCAGCUCCCCACCACGGUAGUGAGGACUUUGAGCACACGACUCUGGGAGCUGGCUGACAGCUGGAUCAGGCCCCACACUGAAGUCAAGCUCCAGCACAGAGUGGGAGCUGAGCUGAGUGGUUCCACUGUGUUCUGUCUUGCACCUUCAUUCCCCUCAGCCUGCUGUUUCUUCGGUGUGGAAGGGGCAGUUUGGGUCCUUGAUCUGCUGAGUGUGCGUCACUUCUUGCACAGGGCAGCAGAGGAACUGGAUUGGGAGCUCCUGAUCCCACAGGCAGUGUAACAGUCACUGACCUGGCUAGCAUCUGUGGCCAGGAGCCAGCUCUGGGUGGUGUGAUGUGGGAGGUGCUGCUAUCAUAGAAUCUGCUGAGUUGAAAGGGACCCAUUGGGAUUGUGUCCAACUCCCAGUCCUGUGCAGGACACCACAAAAAUCCCACCAUGUGCCUGAGAGAUACUUCCUGAGUCCAGAUAAUACCUGAACAGGCUUGAUGCCAUGGCCACUGCCCAUGGGAGCCUGUUCCAAUGCUAGCCACCCUUUAGGUGAAAAACCUCUUUCUGAUAGCCUAUCUCAAUCUCUCCUGACUCAGCUUUAUACCAUUUCAAGUUCUGUCACUGGUCAUGACAGUGAAGAGAUCAGUACCUGCCCUUCUGCUUCCUCUCAUGAAGAUGUUGAAGACCACAAUGAGGUCUUCCCUCAGUUUCCUCUUCUCCAGGCUGAACAGACCAAGUUACCUCAACUAUUCCUCAUAAACUUUGCCUCCAGUCCCAUCACCAUCCUUGUGGCAUCUUUUGAACUCUCUCUAACAGCUCAAUGUCAUUUUUAUAUUGUGGUGCCAAAACUGCCCCCAGGACUUGAGGUGAGGCUGCACCAGAGCAGGGCAGGACAAUCCCCUCCCUUGCUGGCAGUGCUGUGCCUGAUACACCCCAGGACACGACUGGCCCUCCUGGCUGCCAGGACGCUGCUGACUCACAUUCAACUUGCCAUCAACCAGGACUCCCAGGUCCCUUUCCACAGUGCUGGUCUCCAGCUGCUUGUUCCCCUGUCUAUAUAUGCAACCAGGGUUGCCCUGUACAAGGUGCAGAAUCUGUCACUUGCUCUUGUUAAACUUCAUAUGGUUGGUGACUGCCCAUCUCUCCAAUUUAUUGAGGUCUCUCAGCAGGGCCUCUCUGCCCUCAGUGGAGUUGACAGCUCCUCCCAAUUUAGUGUCAUCAGCACUAAACAUUAGUAUAUUACUUAGAAUUCCUUCAAGUCCUGAGUCCAAGUCGUUAAUGAAGAUAAUUGGGUCAACGAUAGAGCCCUGUGGAACCCCUCCAGUGACUGGACACCAGCCUGAUGUCAUCCCAUUCACUAUAACUCUUUGUGCCCAACCUGUGAGCCAGUUGCUCACCCAUUGUGUAACAGGAUUAUUCAGCUGCAAGCUGGACACUUUGUCCAAAAGAAUACUGGGACAGACAGUAUCAAAAGCUUUGCUGAAGCCCAAAAACAUUAAAUCUACUGGCUUUCCUUGAUCAAUUAGGUGGGGUUACCCUGUUGAAGAAGAAAAUCAUGUUCAACAAGUAGAACUUUCCCCUCAUGAGGAUGUGCUGGCUGCAACUGGUGACUAUGUUCUCCUCCAGGUGUUUUUCAAUACCUGCCAGAAUUAUCUUUUCCAUGAUUUUACUGGGCACUGAAGUGAGACUGACAGGCCUGUAGUUUCCAGGGUUUUCCUUCUUGCCCUUCUUUGAAAUCGGGACAUCAUUCCCCAGCUUCCUGUCAUUUGGGACCUCUCCAGAUUUCCAAAACUGUUCAAAAUCAUCGAGAGUCUUUGUGAUGACAUCAGCCAGCUCUUUGUGGUUUCUCAAAUUAAUCCCAUAAGGCCCCAUAGAUUUGUAGGAUCUAGGUACAAAAACAUGUGACAAAACUAUUUCAUCUGUGGCCAGCACCCGCAGGUCCUUGCAGCAUCCAGCUGUGAGGUUGUGCAACAGAGCCAAUAAAUCACCCUUGUGUUGUUUGGGAGCUGAGUCUGUCCCUGUGCCAGCUGCAGCCACCCCUCCCUUCCCAGAGAACAGGGAAUGGGGAAUCAGGCAGGGCUUUAGGCAGUGCUCCUCAAUGGUUGGUGGUCUUGUCCCACCGUGGUGCCUGAGGUGGCAGCUCCUGAAUCCCUGCAAUCCCACUGUGCUGCAACCCAUUAUAGAGCAGGGCUGUUGUUUGUCUGGUUGCAGCAGCUGCUCUCAAUUCCUCAAGAAGAACCCGCCCUCGUGUGCGGGGGUCACUGCCGGGCAGACAACAUUGCAGGGAGGUGGGGAGCAAAGGCUUCGUGCAAGGCUGGGGGAGGGAAAACAGCCUGGAGAGUAAACGCCCUGGACUGUGGGUGCUGCUCUGGAGUGGAUGGGUUCCCCAGCCCCAUCGCAGCCAGACGAGCUCCAGCCCCAGCAGCUCCCAGCCUGUUCUCAUAGCCUGUGCUAUGUUGGGACAUAGCAGAGAAUGUCAGAGAGCUUGCUCCAUUUCUGUGGUUUGUUCACUGUCCCUGUUUUCCCCAUUUAGCAAUUCCUUCAUUAACACUUUGAUGUUGAUGAAGUUGGCCAUGGUUGCGGGCUGGGGAUUUCCUUUGAGCAAGAGUUUUGUAACAUGAUCUGAUAUUAUCGAGUCUCCAACUAAAUAUAGCAUCAUGUUUCUUUAAAACACCUUUGUGUAAGCUUAGAGAUGCUUGUUUCCCCUUUGGUUGUGCUGUGGAGGAAGCCUGGAAGGCUUUGCCCACCCCUUCGCUAUCUUUUUGGCUCCUGUGGGCACCCCUCUCAUUUUAGGAGACCUCCCUCCUCCAGCCUGUUCAUCUGCACAGCUGCCACCCUGCCUCCCCUCCAGCCU